AUGUCCAAAUCGACAAGGAUGCUCACAAAACUCCUUUGUAUUGGAUUUUUGGCAGGUGCCUCUGCGUUUUACCUCCCUGGACUGGCUCCAGUCAACUUUUGUGAAGCGGAAAAAGCAAAUUGUCCAAGCAACGUCUCCUUGUAUGUCAAUCAUCUCGACAGCGACCGUUCCGUCAUUCCAUAUGAGUAUCACAGUUUUGAUUUCUGCACGGUCAACGAGGAUGAGUCACCGGUCGAAAAUCUCGGACAAGUUCUCUUCGGUGAACGAAUUCGACCAAGUCCAUACAAGGUAAAAUUCCUCCAAGAGGAAAAAUGCCGAUUGGUUUGCGACACGAAAAAGUACGCUCGAGGAAACGCCGACGAUCUCACUAAACUCCGUUUGCUCCAAAGAGCCAUGACCCUUAACUACCAACACCAUUGGAUUGUGGAUAACAUGCCAGUGACGUUCUGUUUCAAGAAUCUCCAAAAUAUGGACGUCUGUACCACAGGAUUCCCGGUUGGAUGUUUCGUGGAUGAGCAGGGAUACCAACAUGACGCUUGUGUCUUAAAUCAAAAGUACAACACUCCAAACAACUUCUACAUCUUCAACCAUGUGGACAUCGAGAUCUACUACAGAGAUAUGACCAAUGACGCCAACUUUUUGGAGCACAGAGUCGGAGGAAGAAUCAUCAGAAUCGACGUCAAGCCACGCUCCAUUAAACACAGCUCCUCCUCCAGCCUGGACUGCAGUGACUCCGCAGAACCAGUUGCCAUUGAUGCGAAAUCUGAGAGUGCCGAGAUCACAUACACUUAUAGCAUCAAAUGGACCAAGACGGAUAUCAAAUGGUCUUCUCGAUGGGAUUACAUCCUUCAGUCUAUGCCACACACCAACAUUCAAUGGUUCUCUAUUAUGAACUCUCUUGUGAUUGUGCUCUUCUUGACUGGAAUGGUUGGAAUGAUCAUUAUGAGAACUCUUCAUCGUGAUAUCGACAGAUACAACAGAUUGGAUACAGAGGAAGAUGCUCAAGAAGAAUUCGGAUGGAAAUUGGUCCAUGGAGAUGUCUUCCGUACCCCACGUUACCCAAUGCUUUUGUCGGUUUUCAUUGGAGCUGGUUGCCAGACACUUUUGAUGGUUUCAGUCACUCUUGUAUUCGCCUGCCUUGGAUUCCUUUCUCCAGCCAACCGUGGAUCUCUCAUUACUUUCGCUCUAUUCUUCUACGUUCUCUUCGGAGUUGUCGCUGGAUACAUCUCUGCUCGUCUCUACAAAACAUUCGAGGGGAUUCACUGGAAGACAAACUUGGUGAUGACCGCUUUCCUAGUUCCUGGAAUUCUCUUCACCAUUUUCUUCUUCUCCAACACACUUCUCUGGACCAAGGGGUCGUCAGCUGCAGUGCCUUUCGGAACUCUUCUUGUACUUCUCGUACUUUGGCUCUUUAUCUCCGUCCCAAUGACAUUUGUUGGAGCAUACUUUGGAUUUAAGAAGCGCGGAAUUGAGGCUCCAGUCAGAACGAACAAGAUUCCAAGACAGGUGCCAGAGCAGACUUUCUACACGAAAUCACUCCCAGGAAUGUUGAUGGGUGGAAUUCUUCCAUUCGGAUGCAUUUUUAUUCAACUUUUCUUCAUUCUUAACAGCAUCUGGGCUCACCAAACCUAUUACAUGUUCGGUUUCUUGUUCUUGGUCUACCUGAUUUUGAUCAUCACCUGCUCGGAAGCCACCAUCCUUCUUGCAUACUUCCAUUUAUGUGCAGAAGACUAUCACUGGUGGUGGAGAUCGUUCAUGACAAGUGGAUUCACCGCGAUUUAUCUUUUCAUUUAUUGCAUUCACUUCUUUAAUACAAAACUCACGAUUAGUGGAACGAUCUCAACAAUCCUCUACUUUUCCUACACUUCAAUCUUUGUGUUUAUGUUCUUCCUGAUGACUGGAACCAUUGGAUUCUUGGCAACAUACUACUUUGUGCGCAAAAUCUAUGGAUCUGUCAAGGUUGACUAA